ACUUUUUUUUCUCUUUUUGCGAAUCUUAAUCAUUUAUUCCGUACCAUCUUUUAAGCCAAAAGACAAAAGAUAGGCAAAAUCAAGAUAGUUUCUCUCUCAUGCAUUCUUUUGUUUUACCAUUCAUGUUGGAAAUCACCCAUGUUUUGGCUACUUAAUUGCUUCAAAAUUCACCAUUUUUUGUUUAUAAGAAAAUCUUCAUUGUUAUCAGAGAGUUGAGCAGCAAAAACAUGGAGGAGUUUUCGCCGGAAAGGAGAUCAGGUUGUGGGAUAUUAAAUGCAGUAUUUGGGAAGCGUAAUUUUUGGCCUAGGAGGACUACUUCAACAGGUUCUUUGCAUAUUAUUAACAACAACAACAACAACGUCAUCAACGACAAAACUGCAGCCAACUCAAACACAAAGCGGCGGCGAAGUGGCUCUGAUGAGACGGAGUUUUUCGGACCGGAAGCGCCGCCAUUAAAACCCUCCGUGAAAUCGGUCCCAAAUCAUCCUAAGCCCCACCAGCAAAACCUGGUUCAGAAACCCGUUGUAGAACAGAGUAGAGCAACAACGACUGCUACCCAAGGAUAUGGCAACGGUAACCUUGGUCGAAAGGUGCCUAAGGAAACCAUUAGUAUCUCCGGCGAGCUCGAAAGCAUGAUCGUCGAUCACCAAAAAUCCAAAGGCAACAGCAAUCUCCUUCGAGCUUCAUCCAGUAACAUGAUGAUUUAUGGCAAUUUAGGCAACUUGAGGCAACCUGCUGCAGGAGGGAACACUACCACCAAUUCAUAUAGCGUUGCAAAGGACAAUGUUUCGACGCCUAAUGGGAAAUAUCCCAACACCGUAAUGGGAAAUGUAGUGAAGAAACCGGUUGAAGAAAAACGCAAGGAAGAACAACAACAACCAGCUUCUCUUUGUCGAGCUCUUUCAACCAGAAUGGAUCCCGAACAGUUGAAAUUCAUGGGCAAUGAAGAUUAUAAGAAUGGGAGGUUCGGAGAAGCUUUGGCUUUGUAUGAAGCCGCCAUUGCUAUUGAUCCCAAUAAAGCUUCUUAUCGAAGCAACAAAAGUGCAGCUUUAGCAGCUUUGGGAAGGGUUCUUGAAGCAGUUUUCGAGUGCAGAGAAGCCAUUAAAAUUGAACCUCAUUAUCACAGAGCUCACCAUCGUUUAGCUAACUUAUAUCUCAGAUUAGGGGAUGUGGAGAAAGCUAUAUAUCACUACAAGCAUGCAGGCCUUGAGGCUGAUCAAGACGACAUUGCCAAAGCUAAAACUGUUCAGACACAUUUAAACAAAUGUACUGAAGCUAAAAGGCGACGAGAUUGGAACAGUUUGCUAAAAGAAUCAGAUUCCGCCAUUAAUGAUGGUGCCGAUUCAGCUCCACAGAUAUUUGCAUUGAAAGCUGAGGCCUUGUUAAAGCUCCACAGACACCAAGAUGCCGAUAAAACAUUAUUGGGAGGUCCAAUUUUCAAUUUUGAUGACUUAAAUAAAUACUUUGGCCCAAUUGGUAACGCCAAUUUGCUGGUUGUUCGAGCUCAGGUGGAUAUGGCAGCCGGCAGAUUUGAUGAAGCAUUGGGGGCGAUUCAACGAGCCGUUAAGCUGGAUCCGAACAACAAAGAAGCGAACACCGUAAUGCGAAAAGCGAGAGCAGUAGCGGCGGCUCGAUCCAACGGCAAUGAGCAUUUCAAGGCAUCAAAAUUCUCGGAAGCAUGCUUGGCAUACGUGGAAGGGCUGGAGCAUGACCCCCACAACGCCGUCUUGUUGUGCAACCGAGCCGCUUGUUGGUCCAAACUUGGUCACUUGGAAAAGGCAGUUGAUGACUGCACCCAUGCCCUCAACCUCCGCCCUGCCUACACCAAGGCUAGACUACGACGAGCCGAUUGUAAUUUCAAGAUGAAGAAAUGGGAAGCUUCAAUACAAGACUACACAAUUUUGGUAAAGGAAACACCAGACAACGAGGAGGUGAAAAAGGGAUUGUCCCAGGCUCAAAUGCAACUUAACAAGCAUAAUGGUGAAGUUGUAUAAAGACAAAGAAGAUAGUGUAGGAUGAGUACGAGGCUUAUGAACACCAAAGAUAUGGGUAGACAUGGACAAAACUGAAACAAAGAAAGAAAAAGGAAAGAGAAAACUUAAUUGCAUCGAAACAAAGGGACCAAGCCGACUAGGAUUUCGUGAUGUAUGGUCGCCUGUUUGGCAGCAAACGUUAAAUUAGGGUUAAAAAAAGAUGGUCUUCUAGGAUGGACCAAAAAAGUUGCUUUUGUUAUUUGUGAGGAAUUUGAAUGGGAAAUUUUGAUAUAUCACUCAGAAUGUGACCUUUAAUAUUUCGUAACUAUUUGAUUUUUAU